CGACGCAACGAGACGCGUCUCUAAUAGCUGAUUUUUAUUAUUUUGACCUUGGUUUGAUUUCUGGUGCGCCUUAUUCAAAAUGAAGGAGUUUCUUGUUGGCCUAGCUUUGAUUACCGUUGCAGCAUCCGAAUGCAAAAUUCCAACCAAACACUACAAAACUAUGGCUUGCACGGCCGUAAGAGACAGCAAAUCUGAUUGUCCAACAAGGUUCGAGUGUCCCAGUAUAACACAACACGAUAACUCUAAGUGUUAUUUUGAUGGAAAGACGUAUGAAUUGACUGAGUUGAUUCCAAACGCGCUAGUGUCGCCCUUCUGCUCAGCGCAAUGCUACUGUCGAAAUGCGGCACCAUUUGCCCAGUUCCGUUGUUCACACAUCGACUGCACCGACUUUCUCCAAAGAUUCAAUUACGACGACUGCAUCCGAACGUACAAACCGAAGAGUUGUUGUUCAACGGGUAAAGUUUGUGGCGAGCAGAGGAAGAAGUUGGCGAAAUGUGAGCUAAACGGAAGUGAAUACCUAGCUGGCCAGCGUAUGUACCCGAGCUCAAAUAAGUGCUUCACCUGCAUCUGCCACGAGGGUUUCAGCGAGGCAAACAUAACAGUCGAUCCGAACUGUUACGAAUCAACCUGCGGGUUCGAGUUGUUCUACUCUAAGCAGGCCUACAGUGGAGGCAUUCCAGUCUAUUUUGAAGAUCGAUGCUGUCCAUGGGAAUGGAGAAUGCCUAAGGAAUCGGACAAAUUAAUUGAAAAAUCCGGAAGGACCACCUCCGGCGAUCCAGCUCUGCAGUGCAAAUACGGCAAACUAACCAUGAAUAUUGGUGACACAUUGGAUCCAGAGGAAGCCGAGGGAUUUACCUACACGUGUACCUGUGCGAUUCCCCCGCUAGCACAAUGUGUUAAAUCAAGGAAUGCUGUAGUCAAAAUCGAUUGACAGCAGUACUGAUUAAAAUAAAUCGAUGUGAAACCGAUUAUUAUCCGGU